GGUGUCCUCGGAGGAGCUUUGGAGUGAGCGUUAUCAGGAUGAUCCCACAUUUGUGGGGGUUGACUGUAUUGCAGCUACACUGGUGCACCAUUCUUCGCAGCAAUAUCUGCAUUACGACUGGUAUAUUUCAGUGUAUCAAUGUUUUCACAAGCGUAUACCAAGUUCUUAUAUGCAGGGAGCAGACCUUUCACAUGUCAUCUGCUCGCCCACAGCUGCCCAAGCUAUCAAAUCCUACUCCCCAGACCUGAUCGUACAUCCCAUUCUCGGUGAAGAAGCGUGAGUCCGUUCACGUACUUCGUAGGUCCAUCUGACCAUCGCAGAUCAGUAUGAGAAAGUGGAGGGUGAACUCAGGUCUCUGCUUUCUCGACUGCAUGUCCUUGUUAUGGGACCAGGACUAGGCCGCGAGGGCUAUAUGCAGGCUUAUGCUCGUCUGGCGCUGUCUAUCGCUCGCGAACAGGCUAUGUUUGUCGUCCUCGAUGCUGAUGCUUUGUAUAUGAUCGGGAAGGAACUUUCUCUCGUCAAGGGAUACCGCCGCGCGGUGCUCACUCCUAAUGUGGUCGAGUUCAAGCGUCUGAGUGAGUCGGCGGGCGUUUCACCCGAUGUACCGACAAAGGAACGUGCUGGUGAGGUUUCUAAACUACUUGGAGGUGUCGUGGUGCUGGAGAAAGGUCCGACUGAUCUAAUCGCGAGCGACACUACGGGUGAAGCUGCUAGUCUUGAAGCGAGUAAGCUGGAUGAGGGCGAUGAAGAGCGGCAACGCGUAAGGGAGGUGGUUGAGGUGGAUGUGGAAGGCGGGUUGAAGCGGUGUGGUGGCCAGGGCGAUGUUCUUAGCGGAACGGUCGGGGCGAUGCUUGCGUGGGGGAAAUGCUACGAGGACGGUUCCUUUGGUGAUGGGAGUAUUCCUGCUUCUCGUCUCCCGCUUCUGGCGGCGGUGGGUGGAAGUAUGGUCACUCGAACCAGCAGUCGAAUGGCGUUUCGGCUGCAGGGAAGAGGUCUUGUCACGCAAGAUAUGCUACCGCAGCUUGGCAAAUCUUUCUCAGAGCUCUUUGGAGAAGACCUGUGGGCUGGAAGUAAAGGCAGGUUCUAGGUUUGAAGACAAGAGAGGAUAGAAGAUAUUCGCAUGUGCAAUAGAAGUUUCACUCUGCAUUCACCUGGUUGGGAAGAGAAACGGGCUCUGACGUGAUCAAUGUGACAGGAAGUCUUCCAAAGAUUGGGCAGGGCCUGCAGGGGCAGCCUCGGAGGGGAGGAAUCGUCCAACUCCGAGGCACGAAAAGACAGGACUGACUUGUCAUUAAGAAGGAACAGAUCAUGAACCAUUCUAGAAAAACAGCGAGCACUUGACUCGCAGUUGCAAAUUACUUGAAACAACAAUUGAAUAUCAAUAUUUUUGGGAGGUGCGGUAGUAUGCAACUACAGCGACCUAUCGUCGUGGCACGGAGC